AUGGCUCCCUCUCACACAUACACUCCAAACUAUGGUGGCUUGGGGGGCAGCUACAACCCUGAUUUUUAUACUCCUGAGCAGAUCGUGCAGAUGGCAGCACAGCAGCAGAAACAUCGCACAGAGCUUGCCAGGCUCAAUGCAGGUGCAAUGGGAAAGAACACUCGAAAGGAGUACACUCGAUACCAGAAGAAUUUCAUCGAUUGGGUUUGUUCUGAAGAGAGCGGUUUUGGUGGUGAUGUUACAGUGGAUGCUGCCAAGAUGGCUGCCUUUCUCCAGCACGAACAUACCCAGCAUGUCAAAAGAGGCAACAGAAACCCAUAUGGCAGCAUCGUCCAAAUCAAGGCCGCACUUACCAACAUGUGGAACUUGCAGACCAUUCAAGGUCAUAACUCGAACCCGCACCCAGGGCUAGACAUUCAUGUCAAAUCUUCGAGAGAAAAAAGCACACCGUGCACCGUGUCAACUUGUCACACGCGCCCUCAAUCCACGAUGCGAGAAUGGACCGAGAUUGCUGUGCCGAAGCUAGACGACUCUCCAAAACGUGUAGAGCGCAUCUAG